CUCGCCCGCCGCCCCGCGCCCCUCUCCCGCCAGCCCGCGGGCGGAGGAGGCGGACGAAGGCGCCGCCGCGCCCAGCAGCCGCCGCCGGAGCCCGGCGGCGCUCAGCGAUGUCCGCCAAGGAGGGGAGCAAGGUGCUGCUGCUGCCGCCCCACGCCACCAGCGAGCGCGCCGUCAAGGCUGUCCCUUUUCCACCAACGCAUCGUUUGACAUCUGAAGAAGUGUUUGACACAGAUGGAAAACCCAGGGUUGACAUUUUGAAGAACCACUUGAUAAAGGAAGGUCGAGUGGAUGAAGAAAUUGCACUUAGAAUCAUCAAUGAGGGUGCUGCAAUAUUACGGAGAGAAAAAACUAUGAUAGAAGUUGAAGCACCAAUUACAGUGUGUGGUGAUAUACAUGGCCAGUUCUUUGAUCUAAUGAAGCUGUUUGAAGUGGGAGGAUCACCUGCUAACACAAGAUACCUCUUCCUCGGUGACUAUGUAGACAGAGGUUAUUUUAGUAUAGAGUGUGUGCUGUAUUUAUGGGUCCUGAAAAUUCUCUAUCCAAGCACGUUAUUUCUUUUGAGAGGCAACCAUGAAUGCAGACACCUAACAGAGUAUUUUACCUUUAAACAAGAAUGUAAAAUAAAAUACUCUGAAAGAGUCUAUGAUGCUUGCAUGGAAGCUUUUGAUUGCCUCCCUCUUGCUGCUCUCUUAAAUCAACAGUUUCUUUGUGUUCAUGGUGGACUUUCACCAGAAAUUAAUACACUAGAUGACAUUAGGAGAUUAGAUAGAUUCAAAGAACCUCCAGCAUUUGGACCAAUGUGUGACUUACUGUGGUCAGAUCCUUCAGAAGAUUUUGGAAAUGAAAGUUCACCAGAGCACUUCAGUCACAAUACAGUCAGAGGAUGCUCAUACUUUUAUAGCUAUCCAGCAGUUUGUGAAUUUUUGCAAAAUAAUAAUUUGUUGUCAAUCAUUAGAGCACACGAAGCACAAGAUGCAGGUUAUAGAAUGUACAGGAAAAGUCAAACUACAGGGUUUCCAUCAUUAAUAACAAUUUUUUCAGCACCUAAUUACCUGGAUGUCUACAAUAAUAAAGCUGCUGUUUUAAAAUAUGAAAACAAUGUGAUGAAUAUUCGUCAAUUCAAUUGUUCUCCUCAUCCUUACUGGCUACCAAAUUUUAUGGAUGUUUUUACAUGGUCCUUGCCAUUUGUUGGAGAAAAAGUAACAGAAAUGUUGGUGAAUGUUUUGAGCAUUUGUUCUGAUGAUGAACUGAUGACAGAGGGAGAAGAUCAAUUUGACGUAGGUACAGCGGCUGCACGGAAAGAAAUAAUCAGGAACAAAAUUCGUGCAAUUGGCAAGAUGGCAAGAGUCUUCUCUGUUCUCAGGGAGGAGAGUGAAAGUGUGCUGACACUCAAGGGUUUGACUCCCACUGGAAUGUUACCUAGUGGAGUGUUGGCUGGAGGACGACAGACCCUGCAAAGUGCCACUGUAGAGGCAAUUGAGGCUGAAAAAGCAAUACGAGGAUUCUCUCCGCAACAUAAAAUCUGCAGUUUUGAAGAAGCAAAAGGUUUGGAUAGGAUCAAUGAGAGAAUGCCACCAAGAAAAGAUGCUCUUCAGCAAGAUGGUAUUAAUACUAUAAACACAACAAAUGCCAAUGGAAACAAUGGAACUGGCAACAACAAUGCACAGUGACCACGUCAACUUCUGGUUUACUCACUUAUGUCUUGCCUGAGAAUUCCUAGAUUACUGCUUUUUGAUGUGACAACAGACGAAAUAGCCAGGGGGGUCAGCGAGGUGACUGCUUAUCAGGAGGUGGAGCACCAUCUGCCUGACCCUGCUGAAGAACAGCAUCGUGCUUUGAGACAACAGCCCCUCUCUUCACGUGGUGACCGACCUCCUGGGAGCAUCCUUUGUGUAUUCAGGCUGCUGCGUCUGCAGAAGAGCUGGGAGGAAGGCAGCGGGCUGUUAUCACUAAAGCACCCCUAGACUAGCGUCUUAUGCUUGUUGUUGUCAACACUUUACGUUUACAAAUGGGAUUUUUCUUUCAGUAGAGGUAGCUUGUUUGUUUGUUUGUUUGUUUUUUAAAUCAGACUUUCAGAUACGACCCUAAGAGCUAACUAUUUAUUAAUGGACAUCGGUUUCAUGAAUUGUCUUUAAAACAAUAGAUUAGAAUGGUCUUAAAAUUUCUGAGGCUGCAAAAAAAAACAACUGUAUUUUAAAUAGAAAAAAAUGCCAAAAAAAAUCUCAGUUGGUCAUUCUGUAAAAAGCUGACCUCAGGUUUACUCCUUAGAUGUUGCUGAUUCUAUAUUGUAUUCACUGUAUUUUUUAGUUACAGCUUAUUGGAAGAUUUCUAUGUAGGAAUGUUUAUUACUUGAACACAGAUUUUAAAAAAUAUUUAAUUUAGAAACAUUUUUGCCCAGCUUUUUCAAGACUCUCCCCCACCUUGAACUUUAAAAAAAAAGAAAAAAAAAAUUAUAUAU